AUGCCCUGACAUUUUUCUGAUUUCCCUUCACUAUUUAGCUUGAAUUUUUGAUGAUUUAGGUAUUUUAAAAUGGCUCUUUCAAUUCGAUGUUUGCCAACAUCAAAAUUCCUCAGAGUGUCAGUGCUUGCUGCUGGCUCUGGCAAUUUCUCCACAUCUAUAAACAGAUACUUCAGCCUAUCAUCACUGCAAUGGAGUGCAAUUCGUCUGGCAGAAGUUGGCAAGUUUGAAGUUCCUAAACUGUCAGGCAAGUAUGACACAGGCCAGCUGUUCCUGCACCGUGUCUUCGGCUACAGAGGCGUCAUUCUCUUCCCCUGGAUUGCCAAGGUUUACGACAGAGAUGCUCCUUCUGCCAGCUCUUGCCUUUGGUCUCCAUACAGCAGUGACAGCAGCGUAGAGACGUCCACCUUCAGGGAUCCUCCUGAGUGGGACGACCCGCUUGCUGCCCCUGGAGACCUCCUCAUGUCCAAGAACCAUGGUUCACCGCCUCAUGAAGAGUACCUUGGACACAUCACCAAAGACCACAUCAAGGGCACGGCUCACACAUACUACCAGGUCCUCAUCGACUCCAGAGACUGCCAGUUUCUGAAGUACACGAAGAAGGCACAGACUGAGGCGGUGACGUUUCUGGGCAACCAAGAGAACGGGCGGACGCUGUACGCGGUGCCGGGACUAGAUUACGUGGCGCACGAGGACGUUAUGCCGUACACAGCCUUCAAUGAGCGGCCCAUACACCACGAGCUCUUCUACAAGUUCCUGCAGCGCGUGGCAGACAAGGACCCGCCGUUUGAGGCGCGCGACACGCUGAAGGCGUGGCAGAAGCGCAACCACCCCUGGCUGGAGCUCUCUGACGUACACAAGGAGACGACAGAAGGCGUGCGUGUCACCGUCAUCCCGUUCUACAUGGGCUGCCGGGAGGCCCAUAGCCCCCAUAGCAACGAUGUUUUCUGGUGGCGCUACUGUAUCCGGCUGGAGAACCUUGGCGAGAAAGCCGUGCAGCUGCGGGAGCGACACUGGCGGAUCUUCAGCUUGUCGGGGACGCUGGAGACGGUGAGGGGACGUGGCGUGGUGGGCAGCGAGCCGCUCCUGACGAAGCGGGACCCCGCCUUCCAGUACAGCUCGCACGUCUCUCUCCAGAGCCCCUCCGGCCACAUGUGGGGCACGUUUCGCAUGGAGAGAGCGGACGGCUACGAGUUCGAGUGCCGCAUCCCGCCCUUCUCGCUGGAGAGCAAGCAGGGCGACUCGCCGCCCCCCGCCCCUGCCGUCGACUCCUGAACAUCGCGUACACAGUAGACAUCUCCACCACAAACCUUACCUCUUGUCUCGUCCUGGAGUUGUUACAUGGUGUUAUUAGGUCAUUUUAGUUAAAAAUUAUCAAUGGAUUUAAAAAAUACUGUUGAGUCUUUAAGAAGGCAAUCCAGUCGAUCUUAUUCUCUGUAGAAGUAGCGCCUGCAAAGUCCUGAGGGGUGUUUUUUUCAAUGCGGGAGUAGCCACUCUAAUGUGAGGGUGGCCACUCUAAUGUGAGGGCGGCCACUCUAAUGUGAAGGUGGCCACUCAAAUGCAAGAUCGUCUUUCCCGCUCAUGCCCUGAAGGCAGAAGCUGGUAUUUCUAACCACAGCUUAUUUUGAGUGAACUUGUACAGUUUUGAUGAGUGGGUCUUUGAUGAAAUUUUCCACCGGAUUUGUGUUAAGCAAUAAAAUUAUGUUACCGUCCCACGUAUCCUGAUGUGGAUGGUUAAAGCUACACAGCUAGGAGUUAGGUUAAAUAGUACACAGCUAGGUAGGUUAAUUUGGUUACUGGAGAAAGAUUAAGUGAAACUAGGUGACUGAAAGCGGAUAAAAGUGAUUUUGGGUAAAUUGGCGCUAGCGACACUGAAUAAAUUGAGACUUGUCCUCACCACUCAGGCUGCGUGUGAAGUUGCCACUCGUGGUGCCUUAUUUCGAUGGUCUCAUACGCAUGUCCUCAUCAAAAAUGGAAAUAUUUUAAAGACACGUAUACAUGAUUUUUUAAAUUGAAUUGCUUGUUGAGCGGACAGAACUUGAACCUGAGAGCGGAAACUAAAGAAAAAAUAUAACUUGGUACCCACUGCAGUGAGUGACAGAGAGCG